UUUUGUGAUAACAACUAACCAUAGUAUAUUUUUUUAACACGGAGCCACGGUCUAGGCCCAAAACAAGAGGCAAAUGAAAAACAGAGAAAGGAAUCUGCUCUCCUAGACUCCUACGUGCACGGUAGUGCAGAAUUCCAGCAGCAGCAACCAUUGAAACGCCGCUAGCCUUCCCUCCUCCAGAACCGGAACUUGUGGUGAGAAUUGGGUCAAGUAAAAGAAGAAAUGGCGUUCAGAGGCAAAGAGAUGAUGAAGAAAGUGUUGAAGAGAGUUGGAGAGAACAAUUUGAACCCAAGAGUGAAGGAAUCGCUGGAGAAAUGUAUACCUAGAAGCAAGGUUGUAAUGGGUCGUGCCAAACGCGGUCUAUUUGCCGGUAGACACAUUCAGUUCGGCAACAGUGUUAGUGAGGAUGGCGGUAACAAGACAAGGAGAACGUGGAAACCUAAUGUCCAAGAAAAGCGGCUCUUCAGUUACAUCCUGGAUCGUCACAUUCGGGUUAAAGUGACAACCCAUGCCCUUCGUUGCAUAGACAAGGCUGGUGGGAUUGAUGAAUACUUGCUGAAAACUCCUUACCAAAAGAUGGACACUGAGAUCGGUGUCUUCUGGAAGGCAAAGAUGGAGAAGCUCUAUGAAGAGCUUGGCGAGAAGGAGGUUGUGUUCUUUGCUCCAGAGGAUGAAGCCAAGUUUGAACAAGGCUUUAAAGAUUUGAAGCUAUCUGAAAAGGAAGCGCGUAAGGAAACCAGAAGAAAAAUGUUUUCCGGGAUAAGCAAGCACAAGCUGAUUGGGGUAGAAAGUAAAGAUGGUCAAUCUAUCGAGGACGGCGAAGAAAUCUCCCAUGGUGCACAGAAACAGUUGGUCCCAGUUUCAUAUGUGUUGGCUGCUGACAAGCUCAAAGUUGGCAGUUAUGUUUCUAAUCAAUGAUGUGUUACCUGAUAAUAGUGGUGGUGUAAUCUGUAUCAGCUCAUGGCUGUUUCACUCAGAGUAUUGAAGGUUUUCACUCACAUUACAUUUUCAUGGUGUAGUUUUUACAGUCAAAAGCGGCUUUCUAAAUAAUGAACAAAGAAGAGUAUUGUCUUCAUGUUGUUUCUCUGUUGUUCAA